AAACUCUCGAACAUAUUUUUUAUUUAUACAACUCUAUUCUGGUAAGUAUAGGAAAUUGACGGGUCGGCUAUGGGCUUGAUCGCAACUCCCGAUAGAAAAAAGCUGGUGGAUUUGGUUUACGUGAUAUGGACGGAACCGUACGUUAUGGUGGUGCCUGUGCCAGGCGAAGAGCCUCGACUUUUUGCGUUCAUUCUGCCAUUUCAGUCGACGGUUUGGCUACUCAUCUUAAUUACAAUGAUCACCAUGGUAGCCAUAAUGUCAUCGUUUUCGAAAAUUUACUUGAAAUUCUUCACAAAAGUCAACACUAGCCAUAAUAAUCUCCAACCGAUUACUAGCAGAGAGGAAACUUCAUUCAGGUGGAUCAUUAAUUAUGCUGUGUACAUAAUCAACACCAUGACAAAUCAAGGCAAAUUUUAUUUCGUAUAGUUUGGGUUACUAUUGGGGGUGUAUAUUGAAUGUUGUUGUCUUAAAAGGGGGAGGAAUCGCAAUCGCUCGACUCUCGUUUCGCAUUCUUGUCGGGGCGUGGCUGUUGAUCGCCAUGGUCUUAGUCAAUAGUUAUUCAGGCACUGUCAUUUCUUACCUGACAGUCCCGAAAAUGAAACAACCCAUCAACAACUUAGAGGAUCUAGCCAGUAGUGAAGAUGUUGGACUCAUUUUACUAGCAGAUACGGUCAUCGAGCAACAGAUUAGGGAUGCCAAAAGCGGUGCACUCAAAGUUAUUGGUGACCAAGUUCGGAGCAACCCAGAUCGCAUAGCCAGCAGCGUGCCGAAAGUUUAUGGUCGUUUAGAAUCUGGAAAUUUCGCUUUUCCAUUCUUAAAAACAUUUUGCCAAAAUUUUAUCACGUACGAUUUUAAAAAGGAUGGCAAGUGCCGAUUUAAACUCACGGAUCCUAUCAACAUUUUCGGACUUUGGUCUCUGCCUUUGCAAAAGGACAGCAAAUACUCAACGAUGUUUACCAUUGCACUGAUGGAACUCUGGGAGGCCGGAAUUCCUCCAUUUUCCGUGAAAAAUGCCAUGCCAGGAGCGGAAAAGUGUUUGGCGAAAACGAAACCUCGGGCGUCGUCACGCGAAGUUCCCAUCCGAUUAGCUGACCUGAUGGGAGCCUUCUUCAUUUUGGGCAUCGGUUUGAGCCUGGCGCUGUUCGCUUUCCUCGUCGAAAUCAUUUUUAACUACAGGGACCUCAGAUCUCGACGCAAGAAAACUACUGUCCAAAAGCAAAACAGUCAAUAGAGAAUUGCUAAUUAACUUAAUUUAAUUAAUUUAAUUAAUUAGGACAGGCUCUUACCGAAGCUUCGUCAUGCAUAGUCCUAAGAAAUAUAUAAUGUUUUGUUAGUUCGCUUACUUAUCGCCGAAACCUAGGCCUAUAAUUCCUUAUAGUUCUGAGCUCCAGUUCAUUAUUCAUGUUGAACCACGAAACGCAAAUAAUAUAACUAUUUGGGCAAUACACAAUCAACACGUAA